UGGAGAAAUCGCUGCUUGUAUUUCCAACCCGGAUGCUGAGCCAUAACUGCUGAUAAUUCUGCCCAGUGCGCAGCGCUGUGAGCAGAGCGAGGGAGCGGAAAUAUUUCAGUACCCUUGAAGCGGACAGCUCUCUCCGGAUCCACGCGCUUUCUGACCGCCGGGCUCCGCAUCCGAGCUUGGAGGGCAGAAGGUGUGUGUAUGUGCGUGUGUGUGCGGGGGGGAUCAUAACUGAUACCUAAAAUAGGGGGAGGGUAUAGCCGCCACAUUAAAAGGCAAACACCUCCCUGCUCUUGUAAGAAUCGUGACCACUUGCACGCCGUAGUGGAAGGGUGAGGGAAAGAGGGAGGAAGGAAGAGAAAGGUGGAACAGAACAUCACUACAGAGAGACAGAGAGAUGGCGGAGUGCGGGCGGAAGGCGCUGUCUCUCCUGGAAGCGGCCCGCUCCCGGUACGAGAGCCUGCAGAUAUCCGACGACGUGUUCGGUGAGUCCGGAGAUGACAGCAGCGACAAUCCCUUCUACAGCACCUCCGGAGACUCCGACUCUGACAACUACAUAGCCGAGGUAGGCGAGGAGGAGCAGCAGCACCACCACCACCACCACCACCACCAAAAACGGGGCGAUAAGGAGAGUGGGCACAGCGGGGGAGCAGGAGGUGGCGGAGGGAGUAGCGGAACCGGUCCCCCGGGCUCUCUGUCCCGUAGUCAGGCAGAGGAGGAGGGCUGGAUGGAGACUCUGCAGGAUGUCACUGUGCCGGCGUACAAAGAGACAUAUGGCCCUGCUCAGAAGAUGCCGGCCACUGCCACAGCCUUGGAUUUUUUCCAGCUCUUCGUCCCGGACAAUUGCAUCCAAAACAUGGUCACCCAGACUAACAUGUAUGCCAAGAAGUUCCAGGAGCGUUUUGGCUCGGACGAAGGUUGGUGCCCCGUCACCGCCCAGGAGAUGAAGGCCUUUCUGGGCUUCGUCACCUCAACCAGCGUGCACCGCUGCGAAUCGGUGCUCAGCAUCUGGAGCUCAGGCUUCUUCAGCAACCGGAGCAUCGCCCUGAAGAUGAGCCAAUCGCGUUUUGAGAAGAUCCUCAAGUACUUCCACAUUGUGGCUUUCCGGCCAUCACAAGGGAGCAACCAGGGCCUGUACAAGAUCCAGCCUUUCCUGGACUCUCUGCAGCAGUCAUUUGGCUGCACAUUCAGACCUUCACAGACACAGGUUCUCCAUGAGCCCUUGAUAGACGAGGACCCAGUGUUCAUCACCACCUGUACAGAAAGAGAGCUGAGGAAGAGGAAGAAGAGGAAGUUCAGCCUCUGGGUUCGACAGUGCACCUCCACCGGAUUCAUCUGUCAGAUCUCAGUCCAUCUGAAGGAGGGCCAGGGCACAGACGGUCUGGCCACCUUGAAGAACAAGCCUCAGCUUCACAGCCUUGUGGCCAAGCAGCUCUGCCAGAACAUCUCUGGCAAGAACACCAUCAUCUUCACGGGGCCGUCCAUCACGAGCCUCAGCCUUUUCAGUGAAUUCAGCAAACAAGAUAUCUACUGCUGUGGUCUGCUGAGCACCAGGAAGAGUGACUGCACAGGCUUACCACAGAGCAUGCUGGUGUGCGGCUCCACACCAGCGCAGCGCGGCCAAUCGCGGGUAAUGAUGAAAGGCAGCAUGUCUCUGAUCAGCUGGUACAACAAGGGACACUUCAGGUUCCUCACCAACGCUUACUCCCCAACAAAACAAGGUUUGAUCAUUAAAAGGAAAAGUGGGGAGAUCCCAUGUCCUUUGGCUGUCGAGGCGUUUGCAGCGCACCUCAGCUACAUCUGCAAAUACGACGACAAGUACAGCAAGUACUUUAUCUUCCAUAAGCCCAACAAGACCUGGCAGCAGGUGUUCUGGUUGAGCAUCAGCAUCGCCAUCAACAACGCGUACAUCCUCUACAAGAUGUCCGACGCCUACACGGUCAAACGCUAUAGCCGAGCUCAGUUUGGAGAGAGACUGGUCAGAGAGCUGCUGGAUCUAGACGACUGCUCCCCCACACAGUGAGGAGGAUGAAGGAGGAGGAGGAGGAGGAGGAGGAGGAUGAGGAGGAGGAGGAGGAGGAGGACAUCAGGAGCGCACAAGAAAUACACACAUACACACUCAGACACACACAAACACAAUAUACCCACACAUAUAUUUACACUCUUCAUUACAGUUGUACAGACUCUGCGGUCUGUGUCUAUGUGAUAAUAAUGAAGCAGUGCCAAGCCUGUGUCUCUCUCUUCCUCUAGUUGUUUUUUUGUGGUACGGUACUGUAAAUAUUCAUUAACACACAACUGCGCACUACACAAUAGAGAAUUAUGAGCCAUGGGACAGUUCACAUGCCUCAGCUGCAACUUUCAACCACACAGAUUUACUAAGGAUUUGUCAGCAGGAGCUAUUUCACAAGCAGAGAUGAAGGCAAGAACAAUGAAACCAGGAAGAAUUUGCCAUUAAAUGAUGUCAGCUUCUUAACAAAGAGUGAAAUUAUUGAUACGAGCCUGAAUCUCCCGGGCGAGUGUUCAAACACAUCCUUGUCAAACUAAAAGGCUACGUGUAGCUUGGUAUUAACACUCUGCAAAAACACCUGUGACCCUGUAACAAAAGCUUAGUAAACCAGGACUAUGGUGUGUUCACACGCUGCAUGCAUAAAGAAUCUGGAUUGUGAUGUUCUCUCGUUCAAUGUGACAAUGAUUUCUGCUCCAGGUGGGUUUUUUGUUUGUGUGUAUUUAUUUAGCAAGUGGAAACUGCCAUUUGUGUCUGCAACAUUGAGCCUGAGGAUGUAUAUGUAUGGCUAUUGUGACCCAAAUGUGUUGUGUUGCUGCAAACUGUACUCGCUAGAGGAAGACUGUCAGGUGACAUAAAGCCUACACCCAGCAGUGUGCCACCAAUUCUCAGCCUCCCCCUUCAAAAGAGCCCAGAAAAGAUUUUUUUAAAAAGACUUUUGUGUUGUGAUGGGGUCAUUUCACUCAGAGGCUGAUUGAGAUAAUAGGUUUUCAGGGUCUUAAAAACAUCAAAUCUGAAGCCUAUUUUUGUACCAACAGCGCUGUUGUUGCCAGAUAAACUUGCCAUAUUUGCCUGUUUCAUUACUUAUGCAGCUAACUGUACUUUGGCUUUGCAGGGCAGAACACGUUCAAAAUCUCCUUGAUUGAAUGUUCGGUAAGCCUGCGUUGCCAGGCAACAAGUACUAUCUUGGCCCGUGGGCAGGGGUUUGGAUAAUGUUGCUUGGCAAGAUUUAGGUUCAAGAAGUAAAAACCAAAUCACUGGAGGCUUAUAAGACGUCCCAGCAAACCAACAAAGCUACAAAUCUUAAUGUAGAUAAAAGACUUUGGGGCCUUUUUAUUGCUGUGCAGUGAGCUUGCUCUUUCAUGCACCACAUGGUCUCAAAUGGUGUCAUCAAAAAAAAAAAAAAAAGAAACGCUGACAUCAAAUAACUUAGAACUUAUGUGAUGAUUAAAAAACAUAGGAUGGUUACUGUUUAUAAGAACAUUUGCAAGUAGUAAUACCUGUUGAAACCUGCCUGUUUUAGUCAUUAGAAUAAUCAGCUUUUACCUUCUACUUCUUCUGAAGUGGAAGCAGGGAUGCAUCUUGAACAAUUAUUGUGGACGUUGCCUUCUUCCAGUGUCACAUUUCUUGCCAAGUAACAAGAUCUGCUUAGAUCUGCCAUCUCCUGUCCAGCCAAUGGGAAUGUGAGUGGAGAACAAAAUGCACUUACCGUGUUCAGACCACACUGCUGUCUGUAGCUACAAUGAGGACUUUAAGUCCAAUUUGCUUUGCUUAAUAUGUUAUGCAGUCAACAUGCCAUUGUCAUGCUGGAAUCAUGUUAUGAAGAGUUUAAAGUGAAAGGUUUUGGUGUGUGCUUGCUACAUCAGCAUGGUUAGAUGUGUGAAUACAUGUAUUACAGUAAGAUGAUGGUCUUUACGCUGGCAGAGCAGAAUUGUUGAGUGAUUCGCUGGCAGGACUCAAGCACUUUCCCACAUCGCAGUCUUGCACUUUGAGGAGAUUUGUAAAGUUAGCAACAUGUCUCUUAGAUAAUCCUUUUAGUUUUGAAUUGAAUCCAAUGAUAGUAUACACUGGUCUCAGAAAAAUAUUGAAAAUAUGAAUAGAUAAGUUAUGUAGAUAUACGUAGAUAAAUAAAAUGGAUUAUAUAAAAUUACACCAAUGAAAUAAGAAAAAAAAUUAUGACUAUAACCAAAACAGAAAAGAUUUCCACUGUAGAUUUAGAGUAUAAGGUACAGUACGUCUGUGUAUAUUUUGUUUACAAAUUACUGUGUGUAUGUCCAUAAUCACUCUGUCACUGAGACUCAAGAUUGUGAUUUUUUUAACUUUUUCACUAAUCCAAAGCAUCUUUGUUGUCAUUGUUGCUCUUGUGUGUGUGUGUGUGUGUAUAUGUGUCUAAUCACUGUUCACCUUCAAGUAACACUGUUAAUCUUAAGAGGCACCCCUGUCAUGUCCUGUAUUUGUCAACUAGUGAUUUUAAUACAAUAUUUGAUACUGACAAAUUACACACACUAGUAUUACAUUGAUUGGGUCUGAUUGUUAAAUGGAAAUACUGCUGUGGCCACUGUAGAAACACACUCUGUCCCUUUGUCUGCAGUAUAACAAUUGGUACAGUAAAAAUCCCCACUACUGAAAUACUGAGUGCAUUUCCAUCCACCUGCAUAUUUUUUAAUUUGCGCAUAAAAAAAUCAGAAAACAAAUAGCCAAAGACCGUAACCUUCCUCAAAUUAUGCACAAAACAAACGUAAAUGCCAUAUAUCCAUCAUUUUUCACAUCAUUUUCAUUCCUUUGAGGUUUGACUGGCACUCUUUUAACUAUGUCAUCUUUCUUUUCUUGCAAUGGUUUGUUGGCUGUUUAUCUAGAUGCACCUAACCCAUAAUAAUCACAUAAAUUAAUGAAAACAUACAUUAAUUUUUUUGUUUUCGGACAAUUGUUUGUGAAUUCAGUGACAGUUUUGCUAAAUUUGGAUGGAAAUCCAACUAUUCUUAACACUGUUUAAAGAGUAACUCAACACCUUGCUGAAUAGCAGUGUUGUACCACUGAUUCUGGGUGUGCUCAGAAGCACCUGUAACCACACCCACCAGUGAUGUCACAGAGUACUGACAUACACUGGGGUACACUUCCACAUCACUGCAGCUAAAUGAGAAGGAGUUCAGAAAACACUACUACUUAUUUUCAUGAUUAACUGGAUAAAUCAAGAAAACUUGACAUUGCAUCAAGUGCAACCUCAGUGAUAUUUGAUGUAAGAGUUACUUCAGCUUCCUAAGAUAUCACAGAUCAUUUUUAAAAAAUGUUUGUGACAGUCCCUGAAUUAAAAAAAAUGUAUUGCGCCAGUUUCCACCACUGAUAUUUAACAAUCAUACAGAGAGAAAUCCAUCACAUAAAGGCAGAGAAAUCAAUUUGUCCACUGAGAGUAACCUCAGAAUCCCUUAAUGCAUGCAUGUGGAGCUGCAAGAUGCAUAGCGGUCUGAGUAAGGGGUAUGAAUACAGUCCAUCACUGACUGAAGCAAAAAUAGACACAGCAGGUUGAGGGAGAGUGAAUACAGCAGAAAUAUAAAAUCCAGCUCCUCAAAGCAAAGUAACCCCCUAGACAGCAUCACAAAAUGGUGAAGCACAUAUAACUGUUAAAGGUAUCCUAGGGUGAAUUUUUCCUUUCAUAGUGUGUCACACAUGUACAUGCAUAAAUGGGCAUUUAAUCCAUAGCCUAUCAUGGACUGAAGCAGGCGGAAUACACACACCUUAAGAUGGCAGUCAACUCAGAUGUGUGUGUGUGUGUGUGUGUGUGUGUGUGUGUGACAUCCGCAGAGGUUUUCUGUAGUGCUUAUAUCACUCAGCUCAGACCACCAAUGAGAAGAAAUUAUGCACAGGGGACCCUGCAAGGCCAUGGUUACUUGGCAACAAAUUAUAUAUGACUGUGAGAGAGAAAGGGAAAAAAAGGGGGAGUAUUUGAAGUUUUUCUGCCCAUAUGGUAAUAUUGUUAUCACCCCAGUUGCAGAGCGAGAGCUGAGUAGCUUCAUGUGACCUCCUUUUUAACAUCUAGCAGAGGAGAAGAACGGAGGAUCCUCCCCAAUGACGCCUUUGUUCAUUUAGUUCAGAGGAAGGUUACAUUUUAGCCAGUAUAGAUCAAAAAUAUAGCUUAAUUUUAAAUUCAGAAGUUGAGAGGAUCUUAGAAAAAUUAUUCUGUCCAGCCUGCCCUAUUGAUCAGCCAUGAAUCAGAUAUUUCCAUAGUGGCUUUUCUGCUCAUUUCUGUGUUUUUACUUUUAAUGUCCUGAAAUGGAGAUGAUGUCAAUGACCAGAGCAAAUCAGAUUUUUGAAAAAUAGGAUAUAUAAAUGAAUAUGGUAAAUGCCUGUCUUCCAUGGUGUGAAUAAUAGAGACUAGAGAAAUAAAUCUGUGUAGGAGCCUAGCUUUGGAUGUGGGCCCCAAAAAUCAGAAAGUUUAACAUCCAAACACCAAAUUUAGCCUUAAAACAAAAUCUAACCAACAAUGUAAAAAGUGAAAAUGUUUCCCAGAUGAGGGAUGUCACUUUGAUGGGUCUCACUACAACAGUGUGGAUGUUUUUCUGUCCUUUUUUCCACCUUGUCUCCCUUUACAAAGAGCAGAGAUCUCUGAUGUCUUUCAUUUAUGUCCAUUCAUUCAUGUCAGAUGUGCAAAUGGGAGUAAACAAAGGCAGAUGGGAAGGAACAGGAUAUUGUGCAACUACUAAUACAGAAAUAUUUGUCUUUGAUCCAGUUUUGUUUGGCAAAUAAUGAUCCCAAAACAUUAACUGCUUGUCAAAAACAUUGAAUUAUUACAAAGAGAUGCUAUGAAAUUAAUCAAACUCACUGUCAGUUGUUUUGUGGUAAUGACAUGAAGUUGUGUAUAAAAUAAUGUCCAUGUACGUGGUGUACUGUAUGUGCCUAUGUGCCAUCUCUCUACAGUGAUUCACGGGUGUCUGACAUUAUGAGUGAGACAGUACAGAUAUUUAAGAGCAUAUAUGAUUAGUUUUGGAUGUAACAAAGAAUUAAAAUGGCUGACCUCAGGGCUUCAUAACUUACUGCUGUACAAUAUAUUACUUACUGAGAUGAUAUACGUACACUAAAUGGACUUCUUUAACCUUAUCAGGUGCUAUCAAACCACUGUACAAGUAAUAGUAUAACUAGAUUUGUUGUUGUUGGGAGCUCAGCAACCAAACAGUGAACACCAGGGUCAUAUAUUGCAGGAGUUGUACCACUAAAAACACCAGAAGUUCAAGUAUUUGUGGAUAAAAUAGCAGAAAUAUACAAUUCAAUACCAAUAAUACCAGGCACUAAUAGCAGACUACAACUGUCCAAGUGGUAGAACUUUUUUCACUUCAUAUGAUUCUGGUUUGUAAUGGUGGCUGCAGGAUAUUGAAUAACUGAGUACUGUGGGCUAUAGUGUUAUCUAGUUUCACAGAAGGGCCAGGAUGAUGUGUGUAUGUGCAUGUAAUGUUAACACUGGGUUGAGUAAAAUGUGUAAAAUAACUGGUGUGUGCUGGACCAAAUAACUUUCUAAAAAUGUGUGUGGUGAUGAGUUGUACAAGGUUGUCGUGUAAAUGUGUCUUCAUUAAAACUCUCCACAUGUGGGUGCUCCAUCAGA